AUGUUCAAGGCAGGCCAACCGAACCCGUACGACGAGAUAGUCGUCAAGACUACUGAUGAGAAUCUGACCUCCGAGAACUGGGAACUAAUAUUGAAUCUAUGUGAUAAAGUACAAGAUGAGGGGGAGACAGGGCAAGUAGUAUUGCAAGCCCGCAAUGUUAUCGCGUCCGUCAUCAAGCGGUUGGCCCAUCGCAAUCCCAACGUGCAGCUAUAUUCGCUGUCUCUGGUGGAGUCGUUGCAGAAGAACUGCGGAAUUGAAGUCCAUCGCGAGAUCGCCUCUCGUGCAUUCACUCAAGCGUUGGAGAAGCUAGUGACCGAUCGGACGUCCCACGACAAAGUACGGCGGAGAGCAUUAUCACUCAUUGCAACAUGGACUGCCGAGUUCGAGAAAGACCCUAGCCUGGGGAUCAUGGAGGAUUUAUACAACAAUCUGAAAGCCAAGAAUUACAGAUUUGAGACUCCUCAGGAGCCUCCGCCGCCCGACGUAGAUGACGAGAUUCGUCGCAAGGAAGAAGAGGAGCUCCAGCGUGCUCUAGAGAUGUCCGUUCAGGACAAGGGUGGCCGCACCCAGUGGGCUGAAUACUCUGCUUACUCCUCCAGUGGCGCUGGCGGAUCGUCCUCCAGCGCUGGUUACGGUGCUUCCCCCUCCACGUCUGGGGCCGGCUCAUCCGCAGCAGCGGGUUCGUCGUCCUCAUACCGACGGGACAGCUACGCCCAGCCAUCCACCCCGAGCUACGCGGGCGGAUACGCUCCCGCUGCACGUCCUGACAUCUCGCGUGGCCAGACACCAGCUGCUAUUUCUUCGGUGACGUCUUCAGCCUCGUCUUUCGGACCGGCUCCCAGUACGUCGCCGCCCGCGCCUGCAUCCCAGCCGAUCGUCACCAGAGUUCGCGCGUUGCAUACAUUCGAGCCCUCUGAGCCCGGCGAGCUGGCAUUUGAGAAGGGUGAUAUAAUCAAGGUCGUGGAUAGGGGUUAUAAGGACUGGUGGCGUGGCCAGCUGAAGGGGCGCACUGGUAUUUUCCCAGUCAACUAUGUUGAACCUUUGCCCGAACCUACUCCUGCCGAGUUGGCCAGAGAGGCAGAGCAAGAAGCUGCUGUUUUCUACCAAGCUAUGAACGUCGACCGGUUGCUCACUCUUUUGCGGCACCUUGAUCCUGCGAAGGACAACCUUGCCGACAAUGAGGAGAUCCAAGAACUCUAUAGGCAGUGUAUGUCCCUCCGCCCGAAAAUCGUGAAAUUGAUCGAGAAAUACAGCCAGAAGCGAGCGGAUCUGAUAUCCAUGAAUGAAGGCUUUAUCAAAGCCAGGACUAUCUACGAGCGUAUGAUGGAAGAAAGUUUAGCUCGCCACACCCAAGGUACCUCAUUCCAGUUCUACCAAGAUGGUAGCGUUCUCACUCCAUAA